AUGUCGUCCGCUGUAGUCGCUAACCCCAACAGCCCCGCUCUCAUGUCGCAAUCUUCACAAAUCUCCUCGUCGAGUCUUCCGCUCAGCCUCGUCGGAAAAUCAGGGCCUGUCUUCGGCGAGUUGACUGCCAUCAAUUGGCGGAAAUGGGCGGCUAGCCGACUACAGCAGACGGCGCAGCCACAGCAGCCGUCUGACGGUACCACGGGUCGCGCCGAGCAGAACUUUGAGGCGCGUCAUCUUGCCGGAUUUCCACACUCGCCGUCAGUGGCCGAUCCGUCAACUCACUUUCCGUCAGACAACACGUCAGCAGUCGUGGAUCCGCUUACGCCUCAGGCCCGCGAAGCUCGUGGACGUGACGCCGCCAACGAGCAAGGCAGCUUCCACAAUGACCGGAGCGCCGCGCUUUUGAGCAAACGCACAGGAGAGGCGCGUUCUGGCUGCUCUGCCACGUGGAUGCGGCAGCCCCUCCUUCCAGGGCUACCGGAUGACGUGGCGGAAUUGUGCCUCAUCCGGCUUCCGCGAAGCUUCCUACAGCAAUGCAGGCAAGUGAACCGGGCAUGGAAAGAAUUUCUAGACAGCCCGCGCUGCCUGCGCCUUCGAACAGCAGCCAAUCGCCUCGAGCCGUGGCUGUUCGUCCGGGCAGUCGGGCAGCCGAGAAAACAUUUCGAGUGGCACGCAUUCGCAGAAAGCGCUGGAUGGCAGAAGAUUCCCCACCCACGUGGCACCAGCCAAUGGGAAGCCUCUGGAGUGGGGUGUGUCAGCCUUGACAGGUGUCUCUACAUGAUUGGAGGAACAGGGUCUGACCGGAAAAAACCCUUGGCCGACACUUUCAGGUACGACCCUCAAACUGCCCGCUGGACCCAGUUAGCCAACCUCAUCACUCCCCGCAGCUUUUUUGGCUCCUGGGCUGCCCGUGGAAAAAUUAUAGUGGCAGGAGGCAAUGCAGCAGAGCUUGAGGAGAUCAAAUCAGCUGAAGUCUACCAACCAGAGACUGACACGUGGCAGUCCAUCCCACCGCUACCUUUGGCGUUUUCCAGCUUUGGAGCGUCGAGUUUUGGAGGAACCCUCUUUCUGACAGAAGGGUGGCAGUGGCCGUUUCACUUCUCACCCCGUGGGUUCUCCUGUCCUCUUUAUAAGCUCAUUCACGGAAAGGAAGAGGAAGGGCUUACAGUCUCCGCCGUCCAUCCCCGUCGCCAACCGCACUCUUCUCCCACGCUCCACUGCCCAUUCCGCAUCACAUUAUCACACCAUCACUACUCCAUCAUGGGUGCUAGUACCGACGCCGCUACCCAGCAGGCCGUUUCCGUUCCCACCUCGGCAUCCGAGCCUUGGGAGGACGCGAUGCGGGCUGAGCUCGCCGCGUGGUUCCAAAACCCCGACUGGGUCGACGAGACGCCGUCAAUGACUGUUUCCGUCGGAUCUAACGCUCUCUGUCAACUCGACGGAGUCGCGACCGUCGGCCUUCCGCCCGACGCCGUCUUCUCGAUUGUAUGCGACCCGCACAACAGUCGCGUAUUUAAGAACAUCAAGUCGGUUAAGAACGAGCGGGUCAUUAGUGACAAUAACGGGGUGAAGGAGCUCGAGAUGGAUAUGGUAUUCGCCUUCCAGCUGCCCUUCUUUACAGGCACAUUCGACGCGCACAUGCGCAUGGUGCACGAUCGCCCGAGCCGCAAAAUGUCCUUCGAACUAACGCGCCAAGGCCUCAUGCGCAAGUUUGAGGGCUUCUGGCAGGUCGAGCCGCUUGUUGUCCCCGCUUCCGCCACUUCCGCCUCCGCCACCUCCGCCACUUCCUCCGCUUCCGCAACUUCCUCCGCUUCCGCCGAUUCCGACACCGCUUCCGCUCCGUCCUCCCCGCUAUCCGAUACCUUCCACCCCGCCAGCGACUGGGACAGCAGCAGCGCCUGCAGCAGCCCGGAGCGCGAUUUGCCGCAGAUCCCGCCGCAGAUCUCGCUGCAAAGACGACGAAGACGAGCGCGACGACCCCGUCCGACGGCGCGCGCGUGGCGUCGCGGCUCGUGCUGCAUCAGGUGGUGCAGCCGUCCGUCGCGCCGCCCGACCUUUUCAAGCGGUGCAUCCACAUCGCUCGCGUCGCGCGUGUGGGGGCUUGUGAAGGGCAAAGCUUAA